GAAGGUAGUAAUGUAUUAACAUCAUUUUGACAAGUUGUAUGAUUUUGUAAUUUGAUUGUGAAAGUGGUAUUUUAGAAAUUCUUUUUUAAAAAUGGUCCUGGAAAGUACUAUGAUAUGCGUUGAUAAUAGCGAUUAUAUGAGAAAUGGUGAUUUUUUACCCACAAGACUUCAAGCACAACAAGAUGCAGUGAAUUUAGUUUGUCAUUCGAAAACCCGAUCAAAUCCUGAAAAUAAUGUUGGGUUAUUAACAUUAGCCAAUGUGGAAGUUUUGGCCACCUUAACAAGUGAUGUAGGACGUAUUUUAUCCAAAUUGCACCAAGUCCAACCUGAUGGCGAUAUUAAUUUACAUACCGGAAUUCGUAUUGCUCAUUUAGCUUUAAAACAUCGUCAAGGAAAAAAUCAUAAAAUGCGUAUCGUUGUGUUUGUGGGUAGCCCAAUAAAUGUGGAUGAAAAAGAAUUAGUAAAAUUAGCAAAACGUUUGAAAAAAGAAAAAGUCAAUGUUGAUAUUAUCAGUUUUGUAGGGGAGGAGCAAAAAAAUACUGAACUAUUAACCGCAUUUGUGAACACACUAAAUGGUAAAGAUGGUACUAGUAGUCAUUUAGUCACAGUACCACCUGGUCCACAUUUAUCGGAUGCCUUAAUAUCAUCACCAAUCAUCCAAGGCGAAGAUGGUACGGGUGGUGCAGGUCUUGGAACAUCUGGCUUUGAAUUUGGUGUUGAUCCAAACGAAGAUCCAGAAUUAGCGUUAGCAUUACGUGUAUCGAUGGAAGAACAACGUCAACGGCAAGAAGAUGAGGCACGUCGUGCACAAGCUGCAUCGGCUGCAACAGCUGAUGGUGGCUCAGAUGUUAUGAAAACAGCGAUUAAGGAGGAAACAGCCAGUGAAGAAGCAAUGUUAGAGCGGGCUUUAGCUAUGUCUAUGGCACAAAAUGAUGCUGAAAUGAAACCAGUUGGUGAAGCUGCAACAAAACCAGCUGCUGCCGCCGCUGCUGAUGUUGAUUUUGCGAAUAUGACUGAAGAAGAACAAAUUGCUUUUGCUAUGCAAAUGUCUAUGCAAGAUGCACAAGAAAUGUCGACUGAAACAAAGAAAGAACCAAUGGAAGUAGAUCAAAUUGAUGACUAUUCAGAGGUUAUGAAUGACCCUGCAUUUUUACAAAGUGUUUUGGAAAAUUUACCAGGUGUUGAUCCACAAUCAGAAGCAAUACGUCAAGCUGUUGGAAGUUUAAAAAAGGAAACACCUUCUAAAGAUGGAGCUGCCUCUAAAGAUACUAAAAGUACAAGUAGUAAAGAUACUGAAGUAAAACCUAAAAAGAAAGAGGAUGAAAAAAAAUAGACACAACAAUUGAACCGUAUAUUUAUCAAUAUU